ACCUUUUUUAAACAAGGUUCUGCCAAUGAGAACAACGGCCACAUGCACAGACCUGGCAGAAACCAAACAACGCGCCAAUCGCUCACUCUCACAAGAUUGAAGAAAGAGCUGCAACUGACACCUGUCUUUCCUGCCGCAAGAAAUCAAAGAGAUCUGGCUAGAGAAUGGCUCAUCAGUGCACUAUCUGUUACGAACAGUUUGACUAUGAUGCGUCUGCGGAGGAUAGGUCGCAUCUACCAGUUCAGAGCCGUGUCUGUGCUCAUACCCUCUGCUAUUCCUGCAUGAUAGCCAUAUAUCAGGCAACGCCUCCAUCAUAUGAUGACGACAAGGAAGAGAUCGUUGCAAUACCCUGCCCUGAAUGCCGACUUCCUGGAGCCCAUGAUCCCUACAACCCAAUCGUCUCUCUCCCCAUGUGUCACCUAUUGGAGGAACGCGAUCGACACAUUGAAAAACACCCUGAACUAGCCCUCCCCGAAUCUCCACAAAUACCACGGAAGACCCUCUCCAGACAGCAACUACUGCUACAACAGCCGCCAUCAUCAUCUUCACUAUCAUCAUCACAACUUCCAGACGACGCAGAAUUGACCCAUUUAUUGGCCGCUGCGGCCAAGCAAAAAGUCGACAAUCUAUGGCAUCAAGUGCGAGAAAAAAUGACUGUCGAACGACCACUGGUACGAUUGACCAAAGAAGCCUCCCGAGCGGUAUACUGGGGCAGCAUUUUGGUGUUUGGGACGGUGGAUCGAGAAGCAGUUGGACACACAAACAAAUAAGAGAGAGGCUCCUCCCUUUCUUUCUGUGCUGCUUCAGGCUUGGCUACUCUCUUUUUGGCAUUUUUCAGAUUGGAUCUGAACUACUCAUAACAACCUACCAGAACCGAAGUAGCAUGGUUGGCCAGUUAUCUCUGACCUUCCGCAAACUGCCCAAUUCUACCCAAUCAUGGUCAAUAAUCCAUUAUAGUCAUUAACUAGUUUUGCAGAUGUUGAUCUCGUCGCAAGGUUAGAAUCGCAUGCAAUA